GUGAUUCUGGACUUGUUUCAGUGGGUGUAUAUGUGUCUGAGCUUUUCUGAGAACACACGAGACAUGCUUAACAAAAAACCCGCGAAAAGCCGAAUGUUUAUUUUGAUAGCUGGUUGUUUUUCGGCUACUCUCACGGCAGCCUUUUAUUUUGCCAGUGGGUCGAAAAUGUUGGACAAAUCUGAUCAGGACGACAAUAAGGUAAUUUUGGGGAUAGAAGAAUAUCGGUCAGAAGUUCUGCUCAUGUCGGAUUCAGGGAUCAUCAACUCCAAGCUGGAUCUGAGCCUUUUCAGUCCCGAAGAUUACGCGAAAGAUGCAAUAUACAUGAUGGAAACAUCAGGCAGACAAUUGCUGAGUGCCAAACAGCUGUGCAGUGUGGAGUCCACAGCAAGGCUUCAUCCCAGCAAAACAAUCGUCCUGUUGGUUGCCUCAGAUACAAUAGUGUAUCCAACUCUCAUCACAUCCCUUCUGAGGAAACACCCGAACGUCCUUUUGAGGAAAAUAGAUGUUGGGAAGGUACUCAGCACAUCACCCUUGAAAAAUAUGGAUAUUGAGAACACCUUGAAGAAGAGCAAGUUUGUCACGGAACAUGCCAGUGACUUGCUGAGGUUUGCUCUUUUGUACGAGCACGGUGGGAUUUAUCUGGACCUCGAUAUGAUAGUGAUCAAGAAAUUGCCUGAGGUUGCCAAUGGUGUGGCUACUGCCAAUGAAGGAACGUAUCUCAACCCUGCUUUCAUUGCAUUUCAAAAGGGCCAUCCAGUUCUUCUAGACUGUAUGAACCACAUUUCAGAAAGCUUCAACAAAGACUGGUUCAACGGAAACGGUCCCGAUCGAAUCACAGAGGCCAUGAAACGUUGGUGCAACACAUCAACUCUGCAGCCCGGAAUGAAUUGCUCCAACGUCUACCUGUUCCCAGUCGACAACUUCACACACCUCAAUUGGGGAAUUUCCAUGAAGGCUUUUGACGAAGACCCGGCCAUUGCCGAUCCUCUUGUCGCCAAUUUGGAGUCCAAUGCCUUCGUUUUCCAUUAUUACAAUGACGUGACGCGUGUGGUUGAUGCCAACAUCACUGGGAACUCUGCCAUUGCGCGAAUGGCGCGCAAAUAUUGUCCACUAGUCACCUCCUAUUCUCGAGACUGGCUGUUCGUUACAGAACAUACCAGUGACUUGCUGAGGCUGGUGCUGCUGUACGAACACGGUGGUAAUUAUAUGGACUUUGAUAUGAUCGUGCUCAAGGAAUUGCCCAAGGUUGCCAAUGGCGUGGCUACUGCAGACGAUGGAAAAUAUCUGGCCAAUGGUAAAAACUAA